AUGAGCUCAGACGAUCAGACGCUUUCGAAGGCGAAAGAGAAUCAGUUUAGCACUCUCAUUAAAUCGUACGAGGAAAAGGAAUAUAAAAAGGGGUUGAAAAUUGCAAACACGAUCUUGAGCGAGUACCCCAAGAAUGCAAAAACUCUCUGCAUGAAACACCUCCUCCUCUAUCUGAUGAACAAAGACGAUGAGAAGGUCGCAGAAACCGAGAUUCGAAACUCUCUACGCCUCGAUAUGCGUAACGGGAUCUGCUGGCAAAUUUUGGGUUUAUUUUAUCGUCAUUGCAAAAACUAUGAGGAAGCCAGAAAGGCAUUUUACUUUGCUACAAAGCGAGAUUCGUCCAAUCUCCAGCUGUUCUUAGAUCUGGCAGCAUUGUCUGCUCAGACACGCAAUUUUGCUAUCUAUCGGGAGUGCUAUCAAAAGUUGGUGAACAAACUCUCUGGUCGCGAGAAUUUUUGGAUUGGUUUGAUCGUCGGCUACUUCCUCGAAGAGAACUACGCCAAAUGCCUGGAGGCGAUCGAUGCGUAUCGAGGCAGUCUCAAGGAGGGCGCUUCCUACACGCGUCAGGAGCUUCUCUUCCUCGAAGUCGACUGCUAUCUCCGCCAAAACGAGAGUGUCAAAGCCAUCACGACGCUCGAAAAGGGUAUGUCGGACGUGCUGAACGAGCUGCAGGCCAAGGAGAAACUGGCGACUCUGCUCGGCAAAGCCGGAACGUUCGAAGAAAGCCGGAAGAUCUGGUCCGAUCUCUUCGAGCACAACCGGAUGAACUAUCUGUAUCUGCGGGGACUGGAGUGCUGCGAGCUGCGAGACUUCUCGUCCACCUCGCUCGCUCUUUCGCCGGAGCAGACUCAGCGUCUUCGCGCCUUUUACGACGCUCUCUACGAGAAACUCCCGAGCUGUCUGGUGGUUCGCCACGUGCAGCUGCAUCUGCGCGAUGAGUCGGAGUUCGUUCCGUUGUGCAAGGAGAUGAUCAUUGAGGCGCCUAGAAAGGGAGUCCCGUCCUUCUUCCGAAGCCUGCGUCCCUUGUUCGUGAAGAGUCCGAGAAAGCUGUGCACCCAGCAAUUGGCCAAGCUCGAGCAGACCGGCCAUUUCGAUGACUCUGCGACUCAGAACACCUGCAAUAGCAACAGCAAUAGCAAUAGCAAUAGCAACAGCAAUAGCAAUAGCAGCAACAGCGAAGAAAAAGAAGAAGAGCCCCAGGCGAAGCUUUGGUUGUUGUAUCUGCUCGCCGAGUUGGAGGACUUCGAGCAUCACACCGAGGCUGCGUUGAGCUACAUCGAGAAGGCGUUGGAACACACUCCCACGUGCUACGAUCUCUACAUCCUCAAGGGGAAGGUGCUGAAGCACGCGGGCGCUUUGAAAGAAGCGGCGGAAGCGAUCGGUUUCGCGUCCUCGCUGGAUCGGGGCGACCGCUUCAUGAACUCGAAACACGUGAAAUACUUGCUGCGUGCUGGGAACAUUGAGGAGGCGGAUCGCUUAGCGGGCUACUGGACGAAGCGCAACAUCAUGCCGCGCGUGGAUCUUCGCGAGAUGCAGGCGUGCUGGUUCGAAAUCGAAUGCGGAUUGAGCCACGAGCGAGCGGGCGACGUGGUGCACGCGAACAAAAUGUACCACAACGUCGUGUCUCACUUCGAUACGUUCGUGUUGGACCAAUUCGACUUCCAUCCCUACGUGCUUCGCAAGGUCACGCUCCAGUCCUAUUUCCGCUUCCUUCGCUACGUCGACUCCAUCUACGAUCAUCCCUACUACCGCAUCGCGGCCGCCGGCUAUCUUCGCUGCGCCAUCCAACUCGCGAAACAGUCCGUCUUUUCUCUCCUCUCCAUUCUAGACCCAUCAACAAGCAGGCCUAUCUGA